CACUCAAGUACUUACUCACUCACCCCAUCCACCGGGACUCUCACUCUCUCACUCAAACUCAUUCACCCAAUCCCUCCGCCACCGCCAUACACAGCGUCUCGACAAGCGGCGCCCUAAAAAUAAAAGAUGCUGCCCCCGGCCCUCGCCUCACUGGUCGACCCUUUCCUCUUCAUGGGGCUGGCCCUCUCCUUCCUGCCGUCCACCGUCCUCUCGGCCCUGCUCGCCCGCGACUUCGCCACCCUCUUGUCCCCCUCCCGUCUGCGGUCGGCCUGGUUCGGCCGCUUCUGGGCCCACGUCGGCCCCACGGUGCGCCAGAACGCCGAGAAGAACGUGGUGCCCCUCCUCCAGGGCCGCGUCGCCGGCGGCGCCAUCAUUCCCCCCCCGCCGACGACUCCAGCACCCUCCUCCGACAGCGAUGCCGCCGCCGGCGCCCCACCGCACCCCGCCGUGUCCGGCACCGUCCUCGAGGUCGGUCCCGGGUCCGGGAUGUGGGUGUCGCUCUACACGCCGCAGAACCUGCCGGCGUCCACCAGCGGCGGCGACGGUGGCGGCGGCGGCGGCGGCAUCCGCAAGAUCUACGGCGUCGAGCCCAACCCGACGGUGCACUCGCUCUUGCGGCGGCAGGUGGCGGCCGCGGGGCUGGACGACGGGACCUACGAGAUCGUGCCGCUGGGCAUCGAGGACCUGGCCGCGUCCGGGCGGGUGCCCCUCGGGAGGGUCGACUGCAUCGUGACCAUCAUGUGCCUGUGCAGCAUCCCCGACCCGCGCCGCAACAUGGCCCAGCUCUACCGCUUCCUCAAGCCCGGCGGGCGCUGGUACGUCUACGAGCACGUCAGGUGCUUCCACUGGCAGGGCUGGAGCAUGCGGCUGUACCAGGCCUUCCUUGGCAUAUUCUGGCCGCACCUCAUCGGCGGCUGCGAAAUGUGUCGCGACACGGGCAAGUGGCUCACCGAGGUCGCCCCCUGGAGCCAGGUUGACUUGUGCCAGCUGCAGGGCGAGCCCUGGUACUUUACCAUGCCGCACGUCAUCGGGGUUCUGACAAAAUAGAGCCACCGAGCAGCCAACCGUACGUACGAGUUCGGUAUGGACUCCGGCGCUAUCACAGCCGAUAACCACCUCUAUCAUUCACAAGUCAAUUCUCAGAUCAUCGAGUGAUUUCCCUGGCCGAAUCAGUUACCCACUGCCUGGCUAUCUCGGGCGCUAUACCUGUCUAUCCAUCAUCUUCCCGUCAUGAAACAAGGCUCGUAGAAAAUGGCCACAGAUCAGCCAAAGUAUACGAUCGUUAUCUCUCCCGGGACCGAAAGCUUGAACUCCCACCCUGAAUAGGAUAGCCAGCUUGAUAACCCUCCUCACCAAUCGUCAGCGGC